AUGUCGCUGGCAGUGGUGAUUGGCCAAAGGAUUGCAAAUCACCACCAGAUCCUGACCAGCGCCUUGUUCGUGGCUGCCUUAAUCGUGGUGGCCAUUUUUCCGAGCUUCGAUCGCAGGACGGAAGUCGAGGAGCAUGGCCUCAUUCCUGGCUAUGCAAACAAUGGCCUGGAUGCAAAAUGGCAGGGUCGGCUGCGCGAGUGCAUUGCGCAGAUUGAGGCAGAGUCCGACAUUCGGACCGCUAUCCAGGUGUCUUUGACGAAGGCAGGACUGCAGCCCUACCACAUGAACUUCACGCUGCCGGAUGGGGGAGAAAGCUCCCUCAUGUACACCGUAGCUGAGUCGCGGCGCGGCGACUCUCGUGAGGCCCUAGUGCUUAUGAUCGCCUCUAACUGGACUAUGAAGAGAAGUCCAGCCAAGUCUUCCUGGGGCAUUGGCAUCGGCGUGACCUUGGCGCGCUACUUCAGGACUGUGCACUGGCUGUCACGUGACGUCCUAGUGGUCUUCGUGGACAGCAACCUGGCGUACGGGGCAGGUGCCCGCGCAUGGCUCAGAGCCUACAUCGGCGGUCACUCCGAGCUCCGGCGUGGGGCGCUGCGCCAGGCGGUUGUCCUCCAGGUGCGAAACGGGGCCACAUCUCUCCUGCUCGAUGUGGAGGGCAUCAAUGGGAUGGUCCCCAAUCAGGACCUGGUCAACACCUACUCGAUAGCUUCGCGUGAGCGCGCGGGCCUCAUCGUGCGCCACAGAGAUGCCUGGGACUCUGUGAUGCACCAUGCGAGGAACGGCGGAGUGCACAGCAGUCACGCACCGUUUUUGGAAUUACAGGUUCCGGCCUUUACAAUCCGGGGCACGUCAGCAAAGAGCGACCGCUCUGCGCAUCUAAAUGUGGAUGCGCUGGCGAUGUCCAUCGAGAGUGUGGUCAGGUGCAUGAGCAAUGCUCUGCAGCAGCUCCACCAUUCCUUCAACUUCUAUUUUUUCACCGGCCCAAACAGCCACAUUUCCAACGGGCUCUACCUCUAUCCAGUCUUUGCCAUGCACCUGCUCCUCAUCAGUUUCCUGGGGACCACGCCGGCUUACCGCGACAUUCGGUCUUUGCUCGUGGGUCUGGGUGUCGUCGCCGCCAUCGCUGGCGUAUCUGGAAGCGUGAUGUUUGCAUUGGCUAUGAAUGACGAGAUGGUCGUGCAGAGUUUUCCAUCGCCAGAGCGACUGGCGUGCGUUCGCCCUACCACAACCCCCGAGGCUGAGCUCCAACGCCGGCAAAUGGCGGGCAUGUGGGUUAUGGCAGGAGCUGGUGUGUCAGCCGUUGCGGCUCUGGCUCUUCGCCAGUAUGCCUUCUCCGUCUUCUCUGCUGAAGGUGAAGGGCACACUGUCAAGUCCGGCGGGGUGCGGCUGCCGUGUCCACUCUGGGAGUCUGUACGCGUGGCGUGCGGAUUCGCGCUCCUGGCAGUGCUUGCCCCUGUGACAAUCUAUUCCUGGGCUUUAGCCAUGCCACUGACGAUAGUCUGCGUGCCAGCGCUGGUGUUGGUAAGGCCAGUGAACCUCCGCAGAAGACCACUUCGGUCUACCCUGAUCCUCGCCUUCCUUGCAGGCAAUGCAUUCUUGCUCGCGGCGCCACCAACUGUGCGCGCCGCGUUGUUUGGGGAUGUGCCGAAGCUGGUUGGCGAUUCGAUGCUGCACUUCUACGAGAGGACUCUUGUGCCUGCAGUGCCACAUGAAGCGCAGAAGUAUUUGCCUCGCCAGCUGGUACAAUGGCUGCAGCAGGGGCAGCUUGCGCAAGCCUUCCGCAGUGACAUGCUGCUCCUGCUCUAUGAGGCAGCAAGAGACUUCAAGUGUGUCGGGGGAAUGCUGUUUCCGGUCAUUUGCUUUGCAUACUGGCCUCUGCUGAUUCUGCUGGCUUUGAUCGCCUGCAUCCUUCCCGCCCAGCGUGUGGAGGAUGAAGCGCUGUCCAUGUCACAGCUCAGGCUUCAAGCCGUCCUUGUGCUCGCGCUUGUCAUGGGCGGGAUCGUGGGGGGUGUGGUCUGGAGGUCCUACUCGUCGCACGGGCUGGAGAAGCUGAAGUGGUAG